AUGGCACCCCACGCCUCAACUGCCCCAUCAACCUCCCCUCCCCCAUCCUAUCCACCCUCAAUCUCUCCCUCCCUCCCCCAUCCCUCUCCCUCAACCUCCUACUGGCACCAAACCACCCCUUCCUUCCCAUAUCGCAACCACAACUCCACAACUCCUCCACCAAGCCACUCCCCCAUUGUCGUCCUCGGCUCCGGCCUCUCCGCCUCCCUCCUAGCCUACACCCUCCUAACGACCCACUCCCUCCCGCCCACCUCUCUCCUCCUCCUCGAAGCCCGCUCCGCCUGUUCCGGCGCCACAAGUCGCAACGCAGGCCACUGUCGACCGGAUGCCUUCCGGGGGUUUGCGGCUUACAGUCGUAUUCAUGGGGUGGAGCAGGCGAAGAAGAUUUUGAGGUCUGAGAGGGAGACGUUUGAGAGGGUGAGAGCGUUUGUCAGGGAGAUGGGAGUGGAGUGUGAUUUUGAAGAUACGGUUACGAGGGAUGUUUGUUUGACGGAGGGGUUUGCGAGGGAGGAAGGGGAGGCGUUGAAAGGGUUUAGGGAGGUGGGUGGGGAUGUUGAGCAUGUGCGAGUUUUUGACGGGGAGGGGGAGGCGGUGGGGAGGAGUGGAGUGGAGGGCGCGAAGGCGGUGUAUGAGUGGCCGGCGGGGAGGAUGGAUCGUGACGACGCCGAGAGAGGGAGGGUGAAAGCGGAGAAAGUGGUUCACUGCACGAACGCGUAUGCUGCGUAUCUGCUGCCGCAGUUGAGGGACUUUUUGACGCCGAAUCGAGCGCAAGCACAUGCGUUUCCGCCUGUCGAGGGGUUAGAGGUGAGGAAGGAGACGAUGUCCUUGCGAUACGGACUGAAGCAUUUCUUCUCCUUCAUCCAGCGGCGGGAAGACGGCACCGUCAUCUUUGGCACAUCACGAGAGAACCCUUCGUGGACGCAGUCAACUCGAGACGGCCUCAUCACAUUCGACGACUCGGGCUACAACGCCGAAGUAGCGCUCACAGCCGAGCGAGAACACACGAAACUCUCCCCCAGUCAGACCAUUCCACCCAACCAUGGCGACGUACCAGGAAAUUACUGGACCGGCAUAAUCGCCAUGACGCCCGACUCUGUGCCUCUUGUCGGUCCCAUCGAUGGGCUAGACGGACAGUACAUCUGCGCUGGCUUUAACGGGCAUGGGAUGGCGAGGAUAUGGACGGCGGCUCCGGGAUUGGCGAAGUUGAUUAUGGGCGAGGAGUGGGCUGCGACAGGGUUGCCGGAGUGCUUUCGGUAUAGUGAGGAGAGGUUGGAGAAGGCGAAGAGGAGGGAUCUGAAGAGUGUGUGGUGA